AUCUCAUUAGUAAGUGAUCACGAACACUGAAAUGCCAACGCGACACGCUAAAUGAAGGCCUUAGAAUAACCGCAAACAAGAAGCACACUCUAUUGCUCUACAUCUGACACAUCUACUCCUACAAACCUCUGAUGCUGGCGUAAAUCAACCAACUCCUACGUGGAGUCAAAUCACUUGAACCGCCGAUGUGAACAUGUGCAGAUCGCCUCUCUCUAAAUGUCUUUAAGGCAUAUAUAUACAACAGGGUCCGAAGUCCGACAAAGUUUUGCUGAUAGCAGGAGCCAAUAAAAGCAGCGGUGCAGCAGUGUCAACACAUGUCCACCUCGGCCCAGAGAGGGCCUUAUUCUGAGCAUUUACAUAAGGCUCCCAUCAGCCGGCCCACUCAUUACCAUGUUUUAUAUUCCCCAGUGCUCGGAAAGCAUCAUGGCAAAGUAGCUCCAUCCUCCCCUCCGACAGGGAACUGAAGCAGCUUCUCGGAGCAGGUGUCAGCCGCAGAGGAAGGAACGAGCUCCCUCCGCCCCAGUGCGCGCACGGCAGCAGGCUUAUGUUGAGUUUUUGAUGUUCUCUAAAAUGGUAUCCAAGCUGACGUCCCUGCAGCAGGAGCUCCUCAGCGCGCUGCUGGACUCCGGAGUCACCCGAGAUGUUCUGAUCCAGGCCCUGGACGACAUGGACCCCAGCGCGCCGGGCUUUGGAGUAAAACUGGAGAGCCUGUCCAUGUCGCCCGCGGCGCCGCCGGGCGGCAAGAUCGGCGGCGCGGACGUGGACUCGAAGCCCGUGUUCCACACGCUCACCAACGGCCACUCGAAGGGCAAGCUGUCCGGCGACGAGGGCUCCGAGGACGGGGACGACUUCGACACGCCGCCGAUCCUGAAGGAGCUCCAGUCGCUCAACACGGAGGAGGCCGCCGAGCAGCGGGCGGAGGUGGAGCGCAUGUUGGCAGAGGACCCAUGGCGCGCCGCCCGCAUGAUCAAAGGUUACAUGCAGCAGCACAACAUCCCCCAACGGGAGGUGGUGGACAUCACGGGGCUGAACCAGUCUCACCUCUCCCAGCACCUCAACAAAGGCACGCCCAUGAAAACACAGAAGCGAGCGGCCCUCUACACCUGGUAUGUCAGGAAACAGCGGGAAAUUCUCCGACAGUUCAACCAGGCAGUGCAAGGUUCUGACAGCAUUAUGACAGACAAAGGCAAUCAGGAUCCGGUGUUUUUCUUCCCAGAAUUCAACCCUUCUGGUCAGAGCAUGGGUCCGCCCGGCGAAGAGGUCGGCAGUGAACCCUCGUGCAAGAAAAUGAGACGUAACCGUUUCAAGUGGGGGCCCGCGUCCCAGCAAAUUCUGUACCAGGCCUAUGAACGGCAGAAGAACCCCAGCAAGGAGGAGAGGGAGGCGUUGGUAGAAGAGUGCAACAGAGCUGAGUGUCUUCAGAGAGGUGUGUCGCCCUCCAAAGCGCAGGGCCUCGGCUCCAAUCUGGUCACGGAGGUGCGAGUCUACAACUGGUUUGCCAACCGGCGUAAGGAGGAGGCCUUCAGGCAGAAGCUGGCCAUGGACGCCAUCACUGUACCGACGCACAGCAUGAACCCUCUGCUGUCACACAGCUCGCCCCAUCAUCCCCAGACCAGCGCUUCACCUCCCAGUAAGACAUCAGUGCGUUACAGCCAAGGCCCCGGCGAGGUCACCUCCUCCACGACCAUCAGUCACCACAGUAGCAACGCCAUGGCGACCAGCCAGUCGGUGCUCCAACAGGUGUCUCCGGGAGGAUUGGACCACAGCCACAGUCUGAUGUCACCUGACGCCAAGAUGAUUUCCGGUUCAGGCGGAGGCCUUCCUCCGGUCAGCACACUGACGAACAUCCACAGUUCCCAUCACAGCCACCAGCAGACACAGAACCUCAUCAUGCCUCUAUCUGGAGUCAUGGCCAUAGCACAGAGUUUAAACACGUCGCAGUCUCAGACGGUGCCAGUGAUCAACAGCGUGACGGGCAGCCUCGCAGCGCUGCAGCCGGUGCAGUUCUCCCAGCAGCUCCACAGCCCCCACCAGCAGAGCCUGAUGCAGCAGUCACCCAGCCACAUGAGCCAGCAGCCGUUCAUGGCUACUGUCACACACUCACACAUGUAUCCUCACAAGCAGGAGCCUCCACAAUAUUCCCACUCGUCACGUUUCCCCUCGGCCAUGGUCGUCACAGACGGCAACGGCCUCACCACCCUCAGCUCCAUGUCCUCGAGCAAGACGGAUGCUGCUGUAAACAAGAUGGUGCAACUCGGGGGUCUCUCCUGGUGUCCUCUUCAAGCUUGGUGAGAGCAUCCUUGACUUCCUCGGUGCCCAGCAACCGGAGCACAUUUUUCCACCCUCUCACUGCGGUAACCAUGACAACUCUUAAUAACCGGCAACGGCGCGGUGGAUGAUGAGUCAGUCAACAAACAAGAGGAGUGACAACAGUGGGCCAGGCGGUGAAAAUGAGAAAUGGGGACAGAGAGGGAAAACAACCCCCCACCCCCCCAAAAAAACCCACACCUGAUGUAGAGAAACAGGACUCCUCCUCUUUCGCACACACGAUCAACAAGGAUGUAUGAUUUUAACACAAUCUUUGAAUACAGUAUUCAAUUUUUCAUGCCCCUCCCCUUUUUUGUUUUAAAUGUACAGACAUCAUGUCGUGCGACAUUACAAAGGAACAAAACAAAGUGCCAAAAACUGCUUGUGAACUGUGUGGACCUAAACAACGGCUCUGGGACAACUUAUACUAACACUGUGAUUUAAGGUGGAAAUAUGAAGAUCCACUGAGACAGUGAUCGGCCCUUAUAGACGGUAUAUGGACCCAGUGAAGGCGAUUCACAAGUGCCUGGAUGCCUUUGCACGUGAGCAGAACUGUGUGACAAUCACAACAACAAGUACUGAUCCUGUGCGUGCAUGUGAUAUUCUUACUGGGUUUAAAGGAGUCUUCCAUGUUAUUCUUUCACACUCAGUGUACUGUACUAGCAUUAGUGCAGGUGAUGGAUGCCACGUGUCGCUGGAGGGAUUCAUCAUUUCAAGUUGUUCAGUGUGUAUACUGUGAUUGAAAAAAAAAAAGACUUUGACAAUCUUGAAAGGACUAUGCAAUGUGUCUAUAGGCGUAUGCAGUGCUUUGUAUAGCUGGAUUCUGCACACAGCUCCACACACUUGAAAUGAAUAUGCACUAUCAGUGAAGUCACCGACAAUUAUAUUGGAGUUGCUGUUGAUAAAGCUGCCUGUAAAAUAACACAAAAGCAGAUGUAAGCAUGCGUGACAAAUAUGCAGAGUGUAGGUGCAAAUUCUAUUUGUCACCGUGUCUCAAAAGUUAGCCUGCCAUAUCUAUAAACCUGGUUUUACCCGGUGGGGGAGGACUGACUCACACACUUUAAAUGUGUCCCUUCCCCUCCAUGGAAACCUCAAGCUUUUGUUUGCACACAGGUUCAGGUGAAUUUCAGGAAUGGGACUCUCCCCCCUCCUCCUCCUCCUCCUCCUUCUCUCACUUCCUGCCAGAAUAUGAAGAAACAGGGCAAAUAUUGUUAAUAACUCCUCGUCUUAAAUCUUGCAACAGUACCGACCCCCCACGGCGGAGCGAAAAUAUUGACAAGCAUUCAGAAACCAAACAGUCACUAUAGUCUGGUAUUUUGUGAAGCAGACAUGAAGGAGGAUCAUGUUGUGACAGCAGCUGCUCUAAUCUUACAGGAAUCCACAAAGACUGGGAAAUGUUGGGCAGUGGAGCAGCUGCUGUGGGUACAAACGUCCAUGUUCACAGUAUUAAGGUGUGUUCAAUCAGAGCGCGGAGCAAACUUUUGCCUUGUGUCUUUUCUUGCAAAUUCAAUCGUUGCAUUGUUUGCAUGAAGUGGCCCCAAACCGAGUUGCUGGAUUGGGAAAUUGGCUCACCUUUACUUUAACUGAGCAGGUGAAAUUGGAUUAAGGAUCAUGUUUUUUUUAUACGACUACACAAUUCAUGUCCAAUUGUGUCAGUCCAUGUCAAUAGUUGGCUUUGAGUUCUGUCAGAAGACAGUGAGAGAUUCUGGUGGGAACGUUUAAAGUAGAGACCAGUUUUGUCAUCAAGAAUAUGAUUUAUUUUCACUACGUUUUUAUGAAAACAAACGACAUGUUGACCUUUGAAAAACCCUGCAUAUCACAAGUGUGGCAGAUCCAGUCUCCUAUUCAAUAUUAGGUCAUUCCAUUGUUAUUAUUAUGUUGGUUGUGUGACUGUUGUAGGCACAUCUAUUGCCAUCUGAUUAGAGGGCACUCAUACUUGUGUGGCAGGACAUGAUUUUAUUCCUCCUAAUGUAUUAUUUUUGUAUAAAAUUGAAAUCAAUCAUAAAAUCAUUAUUUAUACUUUCUGAGAAAAUAUUGAUAUUUCAAGUAAAAGUUUUUUUUUCCAAAAUGAA